GCUUGGGCAAAAACUUUUCUUUCCACUUCGUAUGCUGUUGUGGAACUUCUUGUGAAUCAGAUGGCGUAAAGCGCUAGCAUCCUUUAAGGAGACCUCUUGUGGCAAGAAAUUUGCUUUGAGAACCUGUGAUUUUUUGUCUUUUGUCAAGCUAAGAUGGCGCUGCGUCGUGGGGAUCAGGUCCUGAAGCGCUUGUCACCACGGAUUUCAUUGCUGUGCUCCAGACUCCUUGCACCAGAACAGUCUCUGCUUGACCGUGAAUCCUCACAUGGGUUUGCCACAACCUCCGGCAAUUGGCAAGGGGCAUCAGGAAGAGACGAUGCUGCGGAUUUUGGUUAUAAGAAGGUUAGCAGAGAGGAGAAAACAACCCUGGUCGGGGAGGUGUUCAAAAACGUGGCCCCCAGCUACGACCUGAUGAACGACCUCAUGAGCGGGGGCAUGCACCGAUUAUGGAAAGACAGGUUUGUCAAGAAGCUGCAUCCUUUUGUUGGGAUGCAACACCUGGACGUUGCGGGAGGCACAGGCGACAUUGCGUUUCGUGUUCUGGACGCGAUCCGAGAGCAGGAGCCAAAACAGGAGCAGGCGGCGUGGGGGCCCCGCAGCUCCGUCGUGGUCUGUGACAUCAAUCCCGCGAUGCUGGAGGUCGGAAAGAAGCGGGCGCAAGAACGAGGACUGGGCGAAGCCUCUGGCUUGCAGUGGGUAGAGGGCAACGCCGAGAAGCUUCCGUUCGAGGACGCGUCUUUCGACACGUACUCUAUCGUGUUCGGCAUCCGAAACGUGACCGAUAUUGAAGCGGCACUCCGAGAGGCGCACAGAGUUCUCAAGCCUGGGGGGCGGUUCCUAUGCAUGGAGUUCAGUCAGGUCCGGUCGCCGACCCUGCGGGCCCUGUACGACGCCUACUCGUUCUCCGUAAUACCGGUGUUGGGCGACGUGGUGGCCCGCGACAGGGCCUCCUACCAGUACCUGGUCGAAAGCAUACGGAAGUUCCCCAGUCAGAAGAAGUUUGCCUCUAUGAUAGCAGCGGCCGGCUUCCAAGAGGUCACUUACGAGAACCUAGUGGCUGGGGCUGUUGCCAUCCAUUCGGGAUUCAAGCUAUGACCUCAGAUGCUUGGUCCUCGGACGGAGGAACGUACCUCACUCAACACGCUCGUUGGACUCAAUCGAGAUAAUGUCAUUCUGUGUGACUGAACCUGCUCAUUGGAGGUACUCAUGAUGGUACGUACGUCAACAUGAUCAUGCU